AUGGCGACGAACUCUGAGAACCCCGUUCCCUUCUCCGAACCACCGUACCUCUGCGGCCUUCCUUCUCCCUACUACACCGAAGCACAUCGGGAAUUCCAGAAAAAAUGUCGCGCGUUCCUAUGGGAGAAUAUGACCAAGCAUGCGAUGGAAUGGGAGCGUGAGAGCCAAGUUCCCGAGCAUGUCUUUGGGACGUUUGGGAAGCAUAAUAUGUUAUUGCCGAAUUUGCCCUCUCCGCUGCCCGUGGACUGGCUGAAGAGGCUGGGAAUUCAUGACAUUUUAGGCGUCAAGGUGGAGGACUGGGAUAUUGUGUACACGGGCAUCUAUCUGGACGAGAUGGCACGAUCUGGGCUUCAUGGUCCGCCUAGCUCUAUGACAGCAGGUCACGCCUUUGGGAUCCCGCCGAUAAUCAAAUUUGGAAGCAAAGAGUUGCAGGAGAGAUUCCUGCCAGACUUCUUGACGAGCAAGAAGAGAAUGUGCAUUGCGAUUACCGAGCCUGAUGCUGGCAGCGAUGUCGCCAAUAUCACCACUACUGCUGUGAAGUCUGCAGAUGGCAAGCAUUAUAUCAUUAACGGCACGAAAAAGUGGAUCACAAAUGGCAUCUGGUCCGAUUACACGACGAUGGCGGUUCGAACUGGCGGAGCCGGUGCAGCUGGCUUGUCAAUAAUCGUCGUGCCAUUGAAGAACUAUCCAGGUGUAUCGAUGCGUCGGUUCUACGUCAGUGGUCAAACCGCCAGCGGCACGACGUACAUUGAGCUGGACGAUGUCAAGGUGCCCGUUGAGAACCUCAUUGGCAAAGAGGGCCUCGGCAUGAAAUAUAUCAUGACAAACUUCAACCAUGAGCGCCUUACUAUCGCAGUUGGGGUCACUCGUCAGGCGCGUGUCGCUUUGAGCGCUGCGUUCGAAUAUUGCUUGAAGCGAGAGGCAUUUGGUAAGACGCUGAUGGAACAACCCGUGGUGCGGCAUCGACUCGCCAAAGCAGGUGCAGAGCUGGAGUCAAUGUGGGCCUGGGUUGAGCAGUUCUUAUACCAGGUGAAACACAUGCCGAAGGAAGAAGGCGACCGCAGGCUAGGAGGGCUUACGGCGCUGGCAAAGGCAAAGGCGGGUAUGGUACUGAACGAGUGCUCUCAGGUUGCCGUGCUGCUGUUUGGCGGUAAUGGCCUGACGAGAACAGGCCAAGGGGAGCUCGUGGAAAAAAUCUCCCGUGAAGUCUGGGGUGCUCGCAUUCCCGGUGGCUCUGAGGAUGUGCUGCUGGAUCUUUCGAUCAGGCAGCUCGUCAAGAUCUACGCGGCAGAAACUAAGAAGUUGGGACAGUCGAGGCUUUAA